AUGGAGAAAGAUCAGGCUUCUUUUGCCAUGAAUGUGAGCUCUUAUGUCAAGAAAGAGUCAGUGUGUGUGUUUGGAACAGGAAACUUUGGAAGAUCACUAGGCCAUAGGAUGUUCCAAUGUGGCUACUCUGUGGUCUUUGGAAGCCGAAAUCCUGAGCAAUCCAGUCUGUGCCACAAAGAAAUUGAAGUCUUAAGCCAUGCAGAAGCUGCCCAGAGAUCUGAUAUUAUAAUUAUAGCAAUCCACAGGGAUCAUUAUAAGUUUCUUGGAAAGUUAGCUGAGGAACUCCAAGGAAAAAUAUUGGUGGACGUCAGCAACAACCUUAAAAUUAAUCAGUAUCCUGAAUCCAAUGCAGAAUAUCUUGCUGAAUUGGUGCCAGGAGCCAAAGUCGUGAAAGCAUUUAAUACAAUCUCAGCCUGGGCUCUCCAAUCGGGAACCCUGGAUACAAGCAGGCAGGUAUUUCUAUGUGGAGAUGACAAGGAAUCUAAACAGAGAGUGAUGAACAUCAGCCGUACCCUUGGUCUUACUCCACUGGAUCACGGAUCUCUUGUGGCAGCCAGAGAGAUUGAAAACUAUCCUCUACAGCUCUUUCCAAUGUGGAAGUUCCCUCUAUACCUCUCUGGUGCUUUAUUUAUUUUCUAUUUUAUUUACUUCUCUUUAAGAUCAAUCAUCUACCCCUAUGUUAAUAAAAACACAGACAGAACUUUUGUGUUGGCCCUUUCUGUCUUUAAUCAUAGCUUCUCAGGAAUGGCUGUCACUCUUCUUGCCUUGGUUUAUCUCCCUGGCCUCAUUGCUGCCAUUCUGCAGUUGUACCGAGGCACCAAAUAUAGUCGUAUCCCAAACUGGCUUGACCACUGGAUGCUUUGCAGAAAACAACUUGGACUUAUAGCACUGGCUUUUGCCUUUCUCCAUGUGAUGUACGGACUUGCGUUACCCGGCCGCUAUAGUGGGAAAUGGUAUUUGGCCAACAGAGUGAUUGAACAGAUAAUAUCCAACAAGACCGAUCCUUUUCUCACAUCUAAUGUCUGGAACUUUGAUUCUGCCUUAACCCUGGGCAUACUGGGAUUUUUUUUAUUUAUCUUGUUGGGAAUCACUUCCUUGCCAUCAGUCAGCAACAUGGUCAACUGGAGAGAAUUUCGAUUUGUCCAGUCCAAACUUGGUUACCUGACACUGGUCUUAUGUACAGCACACAUACUUGUGUUUGGUGGACGGAAAUUCGUCAAACCUCCAGAACUCAUAUGGUAUCUUCCUCCAACCUAUGUGAUAAGCCUCAUCAUCCCCUUUGUGGUGCUGGUCCUGAAGUUCAUCCUGGUAAUGCCAUGUUUUGAUCGGUCCCUUAAACAGAUCCAGCAAGGCAAGGAAAGAAACUCCCUCUCUAAGAAGGUCCAGUUAGGAAAUAACAAUACUGAGGUGUGA